UUGGAGACCAAGUGCGUCCAGCUGCAGUUGAGGCUGGAUCGGGCCUGGCUGACCGGAGUGGUGCCUUUUUGCAGUCCCUCUGGGAUUUGAACCCUGCGGGGCUGGAAGAGCCUGCCUUCUCUGAAUUCUGCUCUUGCCUGAGGAGUGUCCAGGCCAGCAGCCAAGGUCAAGAUGUCCUCAGUGGGGAAGGUGACCCAGGUUCCCAGCGGGAAACUCUACCAGCAGAUCUUCGAGGCUGAGGCACAGCUGGUCCGCUCUCUGGCGUCCACCAGGAAGCAUGCUGUGGAGCGGUCCAUGACCCCAAAAAAUGGCAAGAAGCCCUUGAUGAAGAGGAUGGAUAUCCCUGAAGGGGAGAUGUUGUCUGUUCGGCAGCAGAAGUGGGCACACAGCCUACCCAAUGACUGGAUCACAGAAAACCCUGUUCUCUACAGGGAAAAGGAAAUGAUCAAGAAGAAAAAAUCUCAAGAAAGUGAGAGUACUGCUGCUGCCCGAGAAGUCCGGGGCCUCAUGGACACCAUCGUUCCUGAGAGGAUCUGCGCCACCUCCCUGGGGACCACCGGUGUAGACUCUAAGAGGCAAGGCUACGAGAAUGCUCUGGGGAGCUUUAAGGAGGAGAUUGCUCAGAUUGGGAUGGAAAUGGAACCCUUCAUCUUGGAGCCAGGAAUACUUCUUUUAAAAAAGCUGGCCAAGUCUAAUGAAGACAUAGACCAACUCUUCAAAAAGGUGGAAAGCAACACCAACCUCGAAGACUACACCAUCCAAACCCUGUUGGAGCUGUGGGAGCAGGUGGCAGAGAAGUUCCAGUUCCAGAAGCAGGGGAUCAAGAAGCUGGAUGAGGCCCUCCAUGAGGCCGAGUUCUCUCGGGCAGAUAAACUCAAAAGCGUGUUGAAGAAAUACAUGGAAAUCAUAGAGAAAACAUCCUACCUCGUGCAGCCCGACGUGUACGGGCUGAUAAAUAAGGAAGCGAUGGUUAUAAACCAAGCCCUACUGGCCAACCGGAGGGCCAUCGCCCAGCUGUUCAUCAACCUGAUGGAGGCCACACUGCAGCAGGAGCUCAAGAGCCACCGUCGCUGGCAGAGCCUGGUGGACGCCUGGAAGGCUCUCAAGAAGCAGGUGCUGGUGCAGAGUUUCAGUGAGUUCAUGGCCAGUGAGAGGAUCCAGGCUCCUCCGGCUGUGAAGAAGGAGAUGGAGAGCAUGCUGAAGAACCAGAAAGUCCUGCAGGAAAAGCGGCUGGAGCAUCUCUGCACCAUCUGUGACCUUCUGCCCCCCAAUUACAGCAGAACUCAGCUGACUGAAUGGCAUUCUGCUCUCAGCAUCUUAAAUAAGAACCUCGAUAAUUACCACAUGGACUGCAUGAUGCGGAUCCGCCUGCAGUACGAGAAGACCUGGCAGGAGUGCCUGGAGCAUGUGCAGAAGUGCAAGAAGCAGCUGCUGGACUGGAAAGCCUUCACUGAGGAGGAGGCAGAGAGCCUGGUGAGCCCACACUUCUUCCAGGUGGUGGGAACGCUGCAGAGCAAGGUGGAGGAGGAGCUGGAGCUCUUAGAUAAAUCCUUCGAGGGUCUGGCAAAGCAGACAGAAUGGCAGAGCUCAGAUCUCUUCAACUACUUCCAAGAGGCUGUGCAGCUGUGGGAGGCACAUCAGAACAUGCUGUCGGUGCAGGACCUGGAGCUCGAGAAGAGGAUGGAGCUGCAGCGGCAGAAACACAGCCUAGAGGAACAGGCCCAGGAGGCCCGCCUUGAUAAGCUCUUGGACCAACUGAGGCAGCAAAGCCAUGAGGAAACAUUGAAGAUUCACCUGGAAAAAGCCAAAGAUUUUUUGAAGAAUAUGAAAUUCAGGUAUGAGUGUUUCCACAAGCUCCUGAUAAAGGAAGUGAUGGAGUACCCAGUGACCAUACUGAAAGAACUGAACUCUUACAGCUCCACCCUUAGCCAACACUUCUAUGUCCGUGAGAUCUUUGAACAGACCUUGGAGGGGAAAGUCAUUUUCAAAUGCAGGGAACCAGAAGCACACGAAAAGCACUCCCAGGACAGUAUGAGAAAACUGAGGUGCAAACAGAGGGCUAAAGUGGAAAUGAGUAAAAGUGAAGAAAGUGAAAGAGAGACAAGUUCCUCCAGGUCAGCAGAAGCGAUGGAAGAAGAUCAAGAAAUGGAGUCUUCCUUAACUGAAGAGAUGGUAGUAAGCCAGCAGGAACAAUCUGUACUGAGUGACAAGAUGGAUGAGUUCAGUGAGGAAUCUGUCCAGGAAUCAGAAAAAAUGCAAGUUGAACGAGACAGCUCCUUAAAACCAUCCCCAAACCGGGAAAAUGUGAUGGUUCAAGAAGAAGAGAUAGAGGAGGAGGAGAAAAAGGAGGAGGACAAGGAGGAAGAGAAAGAAAAGUUGAAGGAGAGUGAGAAGAAGAAAAAGAAGGAGAAGGAGGAGGAGAAGGAAGCGGAGAAGAAAGAGGAGGAAGAGGAAGAGGAGAAGCAUGAAGAGGAAGAGAAGCAAAGGGAGGAGGAGGAGGAAGAAGAACAUGAGAGUUUAUCCAUGGAUGAGGCUGAAGCCCGGGAAGAGAGUCUGGGGGAGAUCUCCCAUGAGGACAUGGAGUCCUUCACUACCUCCAGCGGACACACUUAUUUUGUCUUCCUAACCCUGGAACAAGAAGAAGAGAGUUGCAAGUGGUCCCAUUCCAACCUUUCUACCAUUCUCAUCAAUGACAUGUCCAAUGCCAACUUCCUAGAACAAGUGAUAAUUCCACCCAGACUAGUUUUACAAAUUAAGAAACAGCUUCGAACUGGCUUUUUUGAGCACCUAGAGAAGUGGUUUGACCAAUGUGUCCUCAAAACCCGGGUCACUGCGGCCACCAAGAUUGAUGAACUUGAUUCAGAAUUGGAGCUGCGUCUGCACCUACAUGAGCUAAGAGCUGAGCGCAUUGAAAAAGACAUCCAUAAUGUCAGGGCAGCUGAGCUCUUGCUCCAUCAAGAGCGGCUGGACAGCCACUGUGCUGGGGUGACCGAGACGCUAAGGAAGGAAAGGCUGAUGUUCUUCCAAUUCCAAGAGGAGCAGAACAUAAAGAGCAAAAACUUCCGCCGCAAGAUUUACGACAUGGAGCACAUCUUCUUGAACGCCACGAAGAGCCAGAGGCUGGUUACUCUGAGCAGCACACUGCAUCAGGAGCUGCUUAGCUAUGUGGAUGUCAUCCAAGUGUCCCUGCGCAGCUUCCGCCAGUACUUGGAGGAGAGCCUGGGCAAGCUUUGCUUAACCAACAUUGAGUUCAUCAAGCACUGCAGAUUGUUUUCUGAGGGAGGCAACUUUUCUUCUGAAGAAAUUGACUCACUGUGUCAUCGACUGGAGAAGGAAGCUUCCCGAAUAGAGUUUGUUGAAAGUUUAAUCAUGAUCAACAUGGAGAAGAUGGAAAAUGAAUACCUGGACCAGGCCAAUGAUAUCAUCAACAAGUUUGAAAGCAAAUUCCAUAACCUAUCUGUGGAUCUUGUUUUCAUAGAGAAAAUCCAGCGGUUGCUGACAAAUCUGCAAGUGAACAUCAAGUGUGAGGUUGCAAAGUCUAAUUUACAAACAGAUGGAUUAAAUUCUUCUCUGGAACAGCUCCAAAGGAAAAUAGAAAUGUGUCGAAGCUCAAAGGGAGAUAAAAAAAUGGUGACCACAGAAGACAUCCUUGGCUUCGUCCAGACUUGGAAGGAAAGACUUGGCCGGAGGAUUCAGUACCUCAAUUGCAGGCUAGACACAGUGUCCGUGACUCAAGUGGUCUUUACUGACAAUAUCAUGACUGACCUGGAGGUGGAGAGUGACAUCCUGGUAUCUUCAGAAGCCCUUGAAGAGGAGGCCAAGUUAGACUUGGUCACCCCUGAGUCCUUCGCCCAGCCGAGCCACAUGGGGAAGCCCAUGAUUGAAGACCCAGCUGUGGAAGUGGUCAAGAAGAUCCUGCAGUUUCCUGACACAAAAUGCUCAAACCAGCAGUGUGACAAAGACCGGUCCCAGACAGGCUUGAAGCGACACCAGAAUCGAGGAGAACAUGCAGUGAGAAAAGCCCUGUCCAGUGCCAGUGCCACUUCAGCAGGAAGCUUCACGCGGUACUCCAAGCCGCCCAACCGCAUGGACAGAAAGUACCAGGUGCUGGGGGAGAAGCCGCCACCUCCCGCUGAGGAUUUUAAAGGGAUCAUCCUGACCCUUCUCUGGGAGAGCAAUGAGCAUCUGCUAAACGUUGUGGAGGAGUUUUACCGCAGAGAGAAGCGCUCAGUCACCAGGCCUGACUGCAUGUAUGAAAACUUUGACCAGUGCGCAGAGAACAUUUGCAAGAAGAUCCUGGAGUACCAUGCCCAGACAGAGGAGUACCAUAACUCCUGCCUCAUAGAAUUGCGGGCCCAGAUGAGGAGAUUUGAGGAGCUGCUGCCCCAAGUGUGCUGGCUGGUAAUGGAGAACUUCAAGGAACACCACUGGAAAAGAUUCUGCGACUCUGCCAAUGAGAUCCGAAGACAGUUCUGGGAUUAUCAGGAGAAGCUGGAAAAAAAGAAGGAUGAAAAUGCCCAUAAGCUCCAUCAAAAUCUCGGACAUCCUGCACAUUUCCAAGAAAUGGAGUCUCUGUGUCAAGUGGAAGAGAAAAGGCAGGACGAUUUAGACACUGUGAUUAUGACAACCAGGGAGAAGCUUGAGAUCCAUGUCUAUUUAUUACUCUUCAGUGAAUUGUUUGUGUGUGGCCAUUGUUGAAUCAUUUCCUAUCUUCAAGCCCAGUCAGCUCUUGGGAGAGGCCUCUUGGCUGAGGACCAGAUGCCACGUACCUUGGACAUAGCUGACACACGGCUUUGGUCUUGUCUCAUCUGCUGGCUCCCCAAGUCCUCCCUCAGCCUGCCGUGAGAGGCAAGCUCCUCUCCCUGCAACACCAGAAUUCCCCAUGUUUCACUCAGGAAUUCACCAGGAAAUAUGGCCGAUUUUUCAUAGCCAGCUUAGCCACCUUUGCCUGAGAAGUUCUUGCUGCAGUUGGAUGAAGUGGUCACCAUCGAUGAUGUCCGGGUUGCAAAGAUGGAGUCCCCCAAACAGAAGACAUCAAUCCUCAUACGGAGGAAACUCGCUAGGCUUUCCCUGAAGGAAGAAAGUGAGAAGCCCCUGAUUGAACGGGGGAGCAGGAAGUGGCCAGGAAUCAAACCCACCGAUGUCACCAUCCAAUAUAAGAUUCUCCUCCGGAAAACAUCAUCCAUCACCACCACCAAAACAACCCUGGGCCACCUGGCAGCUGUGGAAGCCCGAGAUGCCGUCUACCUGAAAUAUUUAGCACUAUUUGAAGAGGAGCUGAAGAAGAUCCAGGAUGACAACAUGUCGCAGGUGAAGGUGGCUCAGUGCUGGAAGGACAGCUGGAAGCGUUCCGUGCAUACCAUCCAGAGCCUGUACUUGUGACACCCUCAACCCUCCCCAUGUAAAGGCUUAUUUUUUAUAGAUUCCUUCUGUUCAUCCAUUCAUCUAUCCAUCCAUCCAUCCAUCCAUCCAUCCAUCCAUCCAUCCCUGCUCUAUACCCAGCACUGUGCUUCAUCAGUGACCAGGACAUGGUGUGGUCCCUGCCCAUGUGGAGAUCAUUUCCAAUGAGGAGGACAGAGGCAGAAGGGGAGUUCCACAUGAUUAGCAGGGAUGGUGGGUCACAGGAGUGGGCCACUUAAAAUAGAGACCAGUACGUCAGAGGACAUAAUUCCAAUAGGCAUGCUUGGCACUUCCAUCUUGGAAAACAAAAUAAUUAAAAUGUAUGGGCACGAAUAUAUUUUGUGUUUAAUAGUAUAAAAUAAUUACAGCCAUGCAACCAACAAAGAAUUAAUCCAGUCUUGAUUGGGUAUCUGUCUGGCAAUUUGCCUGACCAAAUUAUAAUAUUUUGAGGAAAAUCUUCUAGGCGUGGGCCCCUUAAAUCUUGUGAGACUCAUAUCUUUCUCUCUGGAAGUCUCCAUUGUGCUAUCUUCCUUGUUGAUUCUAUCUUCCUGGAUUAGGUGGCCUAACCAUGCCAAGUUUCAUUGGUCAGGAGCUUUCCGUGGCACUUGGAUGGGCUGUGUACAUUCCUUUCUUGCCUUCAACUCCUGUUUCUUUUACCUGGUUUGUGUUUUGACUUUGUAUUAGUUUGGAUUUUCCCAUGCUUUACCUCUGUUAAUGACUUGAUGAGGUAGGCUUUUGCCCCCAUUUUGCAGGUGUAGAGACUCAAGUCCAGAAGGCUGAGUCAACCUGCUCAAAGGCACACAGCCAGUAUAGAACCCCAGCAUAAUUUUUGUUUCCCCCAAAGUGGACAAGGACUUGAGGACAACUCAUUUGUUUUGGAAAUUAUCCCAAGAAGCAUGAGUGAGACCAUGGUGAAGGGGAACCUGGAAGGAGCCCUGGCCUUGCUUCUGGCCCCUGACACUCCCCACCCCCACCAGGCAUGUCCCGUCCUCAUCAUUGUCCCUCGCUCUGCAUCACCUGUCCUCUGACCUGUCACUGACCUGGCUCUCCUGACGCCACUGUCCAUACUAGGAGCUGUGGGUUCAUUGUAGUUCCAGAGGUGGACUGCAAGACCCCAGUUCUGUCUUCUCAAAGCUACCCUUGGGACCUUAGGGAUUCACCUAUUGAGCAGGUAUCUGGAAAACGGAUGCCACUGCCCCAUGACAGAGCUGCCUCCAACCUAUUUCUACUCUCCUGCUCAUAAGUUCUCCUGUGUCUGUUCUUUCUUGACCAUGCCUCCAUGUCCCCCACCUGAGAAGUCAGUAUGAGUGAGGGUGCCUGUGCAUGUAUGAGGGAGUGGAGAGGAACAUGAUCCUAUAUGGAGAGAGUAUAGACAGGGGUCCCCCUAGGAUUGGUGGGGCUCUCACCAUCAAGUAAAUCCCUUAGGGAGGUAUUGAGCCCUAGGCUAAAACUCUUCCUUUUCCUUUAGACUCUGCUUACCUCUUGGGCCCCAGACCAGUCCCUGACUCACUCUGGGCCUCAGUUUCCCAAUUGUGCAAGAAGAGACUGGAUAUAGAACCACAUAAGCAAAUGUUCAGUGAGGUCAGGCUCCAUCAAAACAGGCUGGGAUGUCAGGGUGGAAUGGCGUGGGUGCAGAAAGGAACAUAGUGCAUGGCAGCCAGGCACACACAAAUGGGCUCUAGGGAAGAGCCAAGAAGAUGCAUACACGUGAGUUGACAUGUACACAUGUGCAUUGCACUAGGGGCUCCACACAUGAGGUUGGUCUCCUUCAGCCAGCUCUGUGCACCCCACAGCUGCUGAGGCCUGGGUCACAUGUUCACCACCUGGACCCAGGGAGGGGUGUCAGUCUCAUGUAACUAGGACAGAGGGUGCGGAAGGGCAGCUCCCCAAAGAAAUACUGAUGAACUGUUCCCAGAAGAAGAGGACAUGAUUAUCAGCCAGGCAAAAGCACCCAGUCUCAGAACUAUGCAAGCUGCCUCCAUAUCUGUCUCUGCCACUAUGCACAAGGGGCUGUCCCCAGAGAAGGGACCCAUUUUGUCCAAGAUAACACAGCGAUUCCAUGGCAAAGCUCAUAGUUUGGUUAGGCUUAGAUUUGCCUAUAUGUAGUAAAAAAACAAAAAGAACAAAAAACCCACAAAAAACCCCAAAACAAUGUGGCAUAAACAAGAGAGAGAUUUAUCUCCUUCUCAUAUAAAAGAACAAUCUGUUGUGGGACAAUGCCAGGGACCCCCACCCCAGGCAAUUGGACAAUAGCACCAGUUUAUUUGUGACUUACAAUAACCAGAGAAAAGCACUUAUGUCCAGGAAGAUGGUCUGUCCCCUGUAACCCGCCCUUUUCUGUAUUCGUAAAACUUUUUCACAUCGCCUGCAGAGCAGGACAUUUGCUCAUAAAACAAAACCAAAACCAAACCAAAGCCCCCAAGCCUCCAAAGAACUCUAGAAGCAGGCAGUCCUUACUGAUCCUGGACUGCUCGUCAGGAAGACCCCAGGUCCAUCGGUCUUUCUCCAGCAUCUGAGCAUGUGGUUUCCACCAUCAAGUCUGCCCCGGUCCAGGGGGGCUGCUGGAACUCCAGCCUGGACCAGCCACCAGGUCUGCACUUGAGACAGCAGGCAGGAGGGAAGGAGGAGGGCAAAAGAGGCCCUCCCAGCUGUGUCUGUGCCACCUGGCCGGCCUCCCUGAAGUCCCACACCACACCCUGAUCACAUGUCAUUGGCCUGCACUUUGUCUUGAGCUGCCCCAGAGAUUAGGAACUUUAGUCUUUCCGUUUGUUGAAUUGCCACCCAAAUUAAAACUGUUGGUUUUCAAGCAAAGGGGGAAUGAAAAUUGUGGAACUCCAUGAUAAAGAGGAGAAGAGAAGGUGCAUGGGGCAUCCACAGCAUCUCAUUCACAGAGCAGAGUCUCAGUUCUAAACUGUAGUGCGUGAGUGGGACCUCUACUUUGGGCUUCCAGCAGAAUGAUGGGAACCACAGUGCUGGCUUUUCUCUGCUUGUCCCUUAUCAGAAGAUCUGAGAAAAACCUUUUCUCUUUCAUAAAUGGGGUGGGUAGAGGUGGGGUUGCAAAGUCUUUUAAGCAAGCAACAUGUUCCUAAAAAGCUGAGCCAAAAUUAUAUCUCUGUAAAUCAAAGAAUAGAAUCUGUUGACCCCAUGGUGUAUGACCCUCUCAGUGCCUAUAUUCAUAUACUAGUUAAAAUAAUAACACACAAAAUAAAACUAACAGUUUUAUUAAACA